CCGUGGUGUGCGGCCUCCAAGCCUCACUUCCUGCUCCGCCCAGGCAGGUCUUCACUUUCCUUCCCUGGCAGCCUCUGGGAAGAAGCCAGGGACUCUGUCGGAGGCUUCGGGUCCUUGAGCCGCUGGGAAGGAAGAACCUCUCAAGAUGUCUUCCAGUAACGACCCCAUUGUAAUCCCAAUGAUAGAAAGACGUCAAGGUGACCUUCCCGAAACAAACACCAGUGACCCGGAGACACUGACUAAAGAGGCUGUGUUGAGUUUUCACAACAUCAGCUACAGAGAAACAGUGCAGAGCGGAUUUCCACUUCGUCAGCAGACACGUGUGAUGGAAAGACUGUCGAGCAUCAGUGGGAUCAUGGGACCUGGCCUCAAUGCCAUUAUGGGACCUCAGGAUGGGAGCAGAUCUCUGUUAUUAGAUGUCUUAGCUGCAAGGAGAGAUCCGUGUGGAUUAUCAGGAGAUAUUUUGAUAAACGGUAAACCUCGACCUGCUAAUUUCAAAUGUACAUCUGGUUAUAUACCACAAAAUGAUGUGGUGUUGGGCACAGUGACCGUGAGAGACAAUUUAGAGUUCUCAGCAGCUCUCCGACUUCCAAUGACUGUAACAAGAGAUGAAAAAAGGAGGAGGAUCAAUGAGGUGCUUGAACUUCUUCAUCUGGAAAAAGAACAAAAUGUCAAGCCUAGAUCCAAAGGACUCAGAAAAAGGACCAGUAUAGCAAUGGAGCUGGUCACUGAGCAUCCCAUUUUGUUCUUGGAUGAUCCCACCACUGGCUUAGACUUGAGAACUACGACUGAUGUCAUCUCAAUCCUGAGAAGGAUGUCGAUGAAGGGAAAGACAAUCAUCUUCUCCAUCAAUCAGCCUCAGUACUCCAUCUUCAGAUUCUUUGAUAGCCUCACCUUAGUGGCUUCAGGAAAACUCAUGUUUCAUGGACCUGCACGGGACGCUCUGGAGUACUUCACAUCUGCGGGUUACCAAUACGAGUCCCACAACAACCCUGCAGACUUCUUCCUGGACGUCAUUAACGGAGGUUUCCCUGACACAGAGGAAGAUGGCCAUGAAGCUGACGAAAAUGAGGAGUUUGUUGAGAGACAGCAUCAAGUCACGGGAAAAUUGGCCAAUAUGUAUGCCCAGUCCCCCUUACACAGUGCCACAAGAGCCAGACUGGAUCAACUCUUGGGGGAACAGAAGCUGGACAGGAGCUCAGCUGUGGAGACCACAUGUGUCACCCCUUUCUGGCAUCAGCUUGGGUGGAUCACCCGUCGAUCCUUCAAAAAUUUCCUGGGUUUUCCAUGGGUCACUACAAUUCAGGUGAUUAUCAUAGUCAUACUGGCGGUGGUCGUGGGGACUGCUUUCCGUCUCCUGCAAAAUGUUUGUACUGAACUCCAGAUGAGAGCUAUCCUGAUCCUCCUGCUCACUGGUUUCCAGUGCAUCACAAGUGUGACUGCAGGGGAGCUCUUUGUGAUUGACCAGGAUCGCUUUCUACAUGAGCACACCAGUGGAUACUACAGAGUGUCAUCCUAUUUCUUUGGGAAAUUGCUGGCUGAGCUAAUACCCAGGAGACUGUUGCCAAGUACAAUAUUUACUCUUAUAACAUACUUCAUAGCAGGACUAAGAACGAGUGUGCGGGGUUUCUUCACCAUGACAUUUACCAUCAUGAUGCUGGCUUAUUCUGCCAGUUCCCUGUCACUGUCUUUAGGAGCUGGGGAGAACGUAGCAGCUAUAACAACACUACUGGUGACCAUCUACUUUGUGUUCAUGCUGCCUGCCCUCUUUGGUCUCACUGUUGCUUCUGCUAUGUGGAGUUGUUUGAUUCCUAAAUUUCAUAUGCAUCUGCAACAAUUUCAGUCUUCGCUUAAGACAUCGGAACUAAGGCAGCGCUGAAACGAGUCUGUGAACUUUGAGUGUGCUCUUGAGCAAGAGCAGCUCCUUGGGUGGCUUCUGCAGGGCUUCCUCCUCCAGUCCCUAUCUUGCUCUAGCAAGUUGGCAACCAUCCACUGCUUAGUACCCAGAAGCAAGCAGGCUUCAGCCAGCUUGAGGCUGUGUGGCUUCUCCAUCCAUAACCAAAUCUUGCCUUCACCUUAAAAGCACUUUUUGUUUUACCAUAAAGUUGGACAGGAUCCCUCUAUGUUGAUAAGCUUAAAAUCUUAACGAAACUCUGGUUAAUUGCUCAAGUCUCUUAGAAAUGAAACUUCAGAACGAUGGCUCCAGAUUUGCCAUCUUUAAAGGGUUACUAAACAAAGGCAAAUGGUGGCUGCCCAGCUAGCCUGUUGCUUCUACUGCCAGGGCUAAAAACCGAAGUCCCUGACUUUACCAGACUCAGAACUUCUUUUGCUGUCAGAAGGAAGCCUGCAGAGCUCUUUGUGGACUUUGUUAUUGUCUACAACAAGCCUUAGACAGACAAUGAGGUUGCUACCACUGAAGUUCCUAUCACCAACUUCUUUCAUUGGCAUAGGAAAAAUGCAAAGUCUGAUUCUUAAAAUGAAUUAUCAGUAAGUAA